AUGCACCUUGUCCUACCUCCUUCUACCGCUUCGGUUUCGUCUUCUUCUCUUGAAUCAAAAGUUCCCUCAUCAUCUUCCGGCGUACCCUACGAUCACGAUGCACGGUCGAACGUAUUACGGUAUCGAGGCUCACAGGGAAGCAACGACAACUCGGUUCGAGGGCGACCUGCUGGGCAUGCCACUCCGCCGGAAGAUGACCCCGGACUCAGUACUAUAAACGAACAAGGACUUACUCAAAACCAGGACCGAACAGCGAAUAACACAUCUCCUCUAUCACAUCGAUUCAAUCCCACCACAGGUAUAUGGGAAAGACUAGGCCAGGCCAAUCGCUCACAGAACCCUCGCACACCCCAUGAGUCGCGCUCCUCUACAGCCUUUUCGUCGCCACAAAAUCCAGUAUUAGCGCCUCCGACUGGGAGUCCCCCCGUGCUCCCUCGGCAGCAGAGCCAGCAGCCGCAACCUUUACUAGAACAACAGCAGCAACCCUUUCAGCCUCGUCUUUCACGCAGUGACGUACCGGAACCUCCUCAGCCCCUUCCCGCACAUCGCACCGCGAGUUACCUACCUAACCAGGCUGGCUCAAACCAUCAUGGAUCAACUUCACCCCAGGGUUCAGAAAGUAGGAGAUAUCGAUUAAGCCUCGUAGUACGAAGUAUCAUCACCAUGGAGAGCCAGUUACAUGGUGGUGUUAUUCCUAGGGUUGAUGAAAUAUCAGCUGCUCGUAGCCAGCUAUACCAGCACCUUGACGAGCAACAUCGCAGCCCUCUGGAGCCUCGAGACGUACCAAUAGAGGGAUGGAUUACACGAGUGUCAAACCUGGCUACCCGUGCGGAUCAUCUCCGACUUAUGAGAGCUAGAAAUCAGAGCUCUGCUUCGUCCCAACGGGCAUCGUCCAAUCCCUCAGUCAUGCCCAACGGUUGGCGGAACACACCGUACCUGGUGGUAUCUCCAUCAGGGUAUCAGGGCAUUAUACUACCCCCGUCCAAUUCGCUUCCCGCAUCUGUUAGCAGAGCUACUACCACCCACUUCCUCCCUCCCGCUAUACCCUUUAAUCCAAAUGGCGGAGUACGACACAUCAACCCUUAUAACCCGCCAAUAAACCAAGGCCAAUUUCGACCACAAAAUCGAAAUGGUGUAAUCAUAAGAGGAACAACCCUUUUCAGAGUGGUAAGAGCGAUCUGGCUGUUCAUACGACUUUACUUCUUUUGUUACAUUCUGAGCGACUCCGGAAGCUGGCUCCGCAUUUUCCUUGUUACCCUCGCUGUUGUGUGGGCCUGCCUUUCAGAAACCGACAUUCCCCAACAAAUACGACGAGCUGUCUUGACUCCCAUUCGACAUCACGUCGAAGGGCUUUUCCCGGUACCGCAUGGUCCAGCCCAACCGCCACGCGGAGGGCGAGAUGCGAAUGAUGAACAAGGAAGCGCUUCACGAAGGUCUACCGGUAACCGCCAGCCCACAAACGAACAGGAGGCUCCUCAAGGCCGUGACGCGAACGUUGGAUUUUGGCAGAGAAACCGGGGCAUUGAGAGAGGCAUUGCUCUUUUCCUUGCAUCCCUCAUACCUGGAAUCAGUGAACGGCAGAUAGAAGCCAUGAACUUUGUGAAUGCUGCUCGAGAAAAUGCAGAGCGUUCCAGACAGGAACGGGAAAAUCGAGCGGCUCAACAGGAUAGAGAUGCUGCGGCACAGCAGGAGCCCAAUGUACAUGGUGAACAGGCGGAUGAUCAUCAAAAUAGAGACGGCCAACACCACGAGGUAUAG